AGAUUCAUUGUUUAGUUCAGGUUUUAAGCUAGCAGCAGUAAACAUAAAUCAUUGUCGAAGAAAGCUUCCAAGGUAAAGAAACCAAACAAUGGACGCUGUCGGCGAGCUUUUGGAGGACGUGGUUCGGGAUUGUGGUGGCAUGGGAAAAUUUCAAUGGAUUCUAUUGCUCAUCAUGUUCGGUACAAAGGUCACGGUAACAUGGAGUAUGCUGAUGAUGACAUUUGGUGGCGCUACGCCUGACUGGUGGUGUGACGUAUCAAAUAUGACGUCACCAUUUGUCGAUUUAACAAAAACUAACAUUUCUACAUUGCAUCUCCUUAAGCACUGUCAGCCCCCAGAUAAUGUGACAGGUUCUUGUGUUUCGCGCUACUCGUCUAACAUGAAUACUCUCGUAAGCGAGUUUGACUUGGUCUGUGAUAGAGACUGGAUCACGUCAUUCAUCACCACAAUACAAAUGGCGGGGCUACUCAUCAGUUCUCCAAUCGCGGGGCAAAUGGCGGACUCCUUGGGACGAAAACCGACAUUCUUUCUGUCUCUUCUCGUACUAGCUGUUUGUAAUUUAGUCGCAGCGCUGUCCGUUUCUUGGCAAAUGUUUGCUACUCUCCGUUUUCUGAUCGGAUGUGGCUGCGGAAUGUAUCUGACUACCUUUUACAGCUUCAUAACAGAGUUUAUUCCCAAGAAGUGGCGUUCUAUGACUACCGCUAUUCCAUCUUGGGCGAUUUUUGCCGCCCUUUAUGGUCUAUGUUCUUGGUGGUUACAUGACUGGAGAUACGUUCACUAUGCCACAGCGAUUGUGACGUCACCAUUCCUGUUGGGAUUUUUCGUCAUACCAGAAAGUUUCAGAUGGCUGAUAUCAAACAAUAAGUUAACGGAGGCAGAGGAGGUCAUAAAACAUAUAGCUAAACUAAACGGACGGGAGGCCCCCAAAGCAUGCAUGAAAAGACUGUAUGAUAUCACUGAAAACCUGCAGGAGGGGAAUACCACAGGAAAACUGUACACCGUCAGAGAUAUUGUUAGAAAUGGAGAACUCCUGAAGAAGUCAGUCAUAUUGUGGACAAGUUGGUUAGCCUGUGGGUAUGCAUACUACGCCAUUUCCUUUGGGGUGGAGCAGCUGUCCGGAAGUCUCUACCUCAACAUGUUCCUCCUUAGUGCUGUAGAAAUACCAGUGACCCUAAUGACGUGGUUUCUGAACAAUUGCAUUGGUAGGCGCUGGACGUGUUUCCUCUUCUUCGUCGUCGGAACAGUGGGCGGGAUCUCCGUGGGAACGGUGCAAGUUACAGAUCCACCCCAAGCCGGAGAUAUCAUCAAUAUUGCCGCGCUGAUUUCUAAAAUGGGCGUGUCCGCGGGAUGGGCGGCGCUAAUGAUCUUCUCCACGGAAAGUUACCCGACGGUGGUAAGAAAUAUCGGCUACGGCUGGGCUAACUCUGCGGCAAGAAUAGGGGCUAUGGUAGCCCCUCAAAUAGUUCGCGUGAGCAAACACGUGCCAGGUGUGAUGUAUUAUAUCUGUGGCGCGUGCAUGCUGAUGAAUGCCAUGUUCUCCCUUCUACUUCCGGAAACAAAGGGCAAACCACUGGAAGACGUGAUUUACGAGAAACCAAAAACCACGGUGGGCUCCACCCCAGAGGAAAAUGCCCCAAGUAUAACGCAUUAUAUCAAUGAGAAAGAACGGUAUUGAAGACUUGUGUCCGAGGGCAUUAUGUAACACGGAACACGCAAGGGGAGGAGGUACUAUGAUAAAGGACACGUAGAUUUGAUGUUCCUCUUCCGGUCUAUUCUUCAACAUGUACUUCCGUGCCUUCGGUCAUUUCAAACUAUAUCAAAUCCUAAAUUUCUUUGAACUAGAGCCGUCCUAACGGAACUAAUACCCCCGAGGUGCACAUUGGAUGGAGAGAAAUAUUGAAUUUGUGGUUAUUGAAGAAUAAAUGGUUUUUAAGAUA